AUGAUCUGCGAGUUCUGCCGCUCCACUGUGCUCGAGUCCGAACGGAGAUGGGACUACCACCACCGGCACGCAGCCUCCUUCGAGGCCUCGGUGCGAUCGGGGUGCCUUUUCUGCACGCGGCUUGCCGAGGAGCUCGGGAGCUUGAGCCCCUGGUUUGACAGCGACCACGACAUCAACGCCGUGUACCGCUGGAACAUCCGUCAGGCGUACAGGACCAGGGACACGCAGAGCCACGUCUCUGUCAGGUUCAGGCCGGUGCCCGGCAGGAGUGAUGGUGCCAAGAGGAGCGAACAUCUCCCAGAUGUGCAGUUCCACAUGUAUCCCAAAGAUGACUUCGAGACGGACCUUGAUGAAACAAAUCUAGGCGCCGGCACGGACUCUGACCAGACGCUGAGGCAAAUGAGGGCGUGGAUGGACGACUGCGUCAACCACCACCCCGAGUGCACCAGGCGCCACGCCAGCCGCGACUUCGUGCCCACGCGCGUCCUGGACGUCGGGCCCCCCGGGGACGACGACGACGACGACGACGACGACGACGACGACGACGACGACGACGACGACGACGACGACGACGACGACGACGACGACGACGACGACGCCGCCGCCGCCGCCUGGCCGCCGUCACACGUCCGCGUCGUCGACACGAACGAGACCCCCAUCCGCGCGCCCUACCUCACGCUGAGCCACUGCUGGGGCGACGGGGCCUUUGUCCAGCUCACCGAGGCCAACCUCGCCGCCUUCACGACCCGCGGCGUGCCGUGGCAGGACGACGCCGAGGGCGGCAGUCGCGGGAUCAGCAGCAACGCCACCUUCGCGCAGGCGCUGCGCGUCGUCCGGCAGCUGGGCCAGCGCUACGUCUGGAUUGACUCGCUCUGCAUCAUCCAGGGCAAGGGGUCCGAGGGCGCCCACGUCGAGGACUGGAAGGCCGAGGCGCCGCUGAUGCACAAGGUCUACCGCAACUCGUUCUGCAACAUCGCCGCCGCCGACUCCAGGAACCACACCGAGGGCCUGUUCCGGCCGCGGCCGCGGCGGCCCGGUUUCGCGCCCGUCUACUACGCCGGCCGCGCGCCGUCGAGGGUGUUUGGCGACGCGGUCUGGAGGGUGUUGGAGCACGACCACUGGGACAGAGGCCUUCUGAGCCGCCAUCUUUAUACCCGCGGCUGGGUCUUCCAAGAAAGGCUCCUCUCCCCACGCCUCCUCCACUUCGGCGCGGGCCAGGUGUUCUGGGACUGCGCGGCGCUGAGCGCGUCCGAGAGCCUGCCCGACGGCCUCCCUGCGGCCCUCGACGACGCCGCCGCCGCCGCCACCCACCGCAGCUGGCGCCGCCAGCUCCAGGACGCCGCGCUCUCCGUGCCGUCCCUGGCCGGCUCGACGGCGGACUCGAUCCGCGGCUUCUGGACGGACGCCGUGCACGCCUACACCGGCUGCGACCUGACCUUCCCCAGCGACAGGCUGGCCGCCGUGUGGGGCGUCGCGAAGCUCGUGCGGGACGCCCUGGGCGAGGAGUACGGCGCCGGCCUGUGGACGAACGGGCUGCACGAGCAGCUCGCGUGGCGGGUGGCAGAUGGCCGGAAGGCGGGCGAGAAGGGAGGAAGCGCCGGCGGCGGGUUCCCGUCCUGGUCGUGGGCGUCUGCGAAAGGCGCCGUGGAGGUUGCGCCGCCGGUCCCGGACCUGCCGCGGUUUUAUAUCGCGUCGGGGCACGAUGGGGGCGCUCUCAGGUUCCUGCUGAAGAACGCCAUCUUUGGACGGUUCGAGGGGGAGCACUCGGCCUCGUGGAAGGAGGAGCUCGUAAUUAUGGCGAGGAAGCUGGAGGAGACGUCGACCAAGAUGUCCAGGAAGGUCGCGGCGAAGGCCACCAUCGCCUUUGCUCCGAUCCCGGAGGAGUCUUCUGACGUGAAGGACCACGAGGACCUGGAUAAGCAGCCCGGUCUGGGGAGAGAGGGGGGCCUCAAAAUCAAAGGACCGGACGCCAAAGACACUUUCCAAGGGCCUGCACAGACCGAGACGGGGAUCGGAAGGGACGAACCCAAGGACUCCGGGUCUAGAAACCCAGGUCCCGGCAGCAAGGAUGUCGCGAAGAAGGGGCGCAACGCAGACAUACCGUCGGAGCUUCUGUGCAACGAAAUCGCCGUUCGGGCGCACAUCUGCAAGGGCACCCUCCAGCAGGCGGCUGCCGAGGACGGGGAGUGGACGGUGGCCGUCGAGGGCGUGACGCAGGACGACGCCGUCGUGGAAGCCUUUCCGGACUCCCGACCCCGCGAGAAGAGCGCCCCGUGCGAGCUCCUUUUGCUGGCGGUCUCGAAGGAGGUGUGCGACGAGCUGGGCGACUGGGUCCCCGACGAGGGGUACCUCGAGGAGGAGGACAUAUUCGGCACGCACUACUCGGGAAGCGCACUCCUCGUCGAGAGGGCCGGGGAGGAUCGCUUUAGAAGGGUUGGCGUCGUGCUCUUCCGUCAGCUUGAUGCGGAUAGUUGGCGGUGUUUACGACGGGCUUGCGGGCAGGACGACGAGAUGAUGGAGGGGGAGCUUGACGUUGGCGAUGGUCGGAAGGUCUGGCUGUUAUAA